CCGGAGACAUCCUCUCCAGUCUCCACCCCCACUCCACGAACACGAUUGCUGCUUGCCUGCUGCUUCUGCGGCUCGCGGCCAUCAGAUCCAGCGCCACCGAUGCCGCCGCAGCCGAACGGGGGCAAGGUGACCCCGAACCUGGCGAUGGACGCGGAGGCCACGCGCCUGCUCAACCUCACGGUGCUCCAGCGCUUGGACCCCGCCGUCGAGGACAUCCUUAUCACCGCCGCGCACGUCACACUCUACGAUUUCAACAUCGACCUCAACCAGUGGAGCCGGAAGGACGUCGAGGGGUCGCUGUUUGUCGUCAAGAGGAACUCUCAGCCCCGAUUCCAGUUCAUCGUCAUGAACCGGCGCAACACUGAUAAUCUGGUGGAGGAUCUCUUAAGUGAUUUUGAAUACGAGCUUCAACCUCCAUAUUUGUUGUACCGGAACGCUUCACAAGAAGUCAAUGGAAUUUGGUUUUACAACCAACAGGACUGUGAAGCUGUUGCAAGUCUAUUUGGAAGGAUACUGAAUGCUUACGCCAAAGUACCUCCAAAACCUAAAGUGCCUUCCACAAAAAGUGAGUUUGAGGAACUGGAGGCUGUUCCUACAUCUGCUGCUAUAGACGGCCCCCUUGAACCUCCGCCAGCGUCUGCCGCUGUAGUCCUUGAUACCCCUGAUGAAUCAUUAAUCAGUUACUUCAGUGGCGCUGCUAGCAUUGGAAGUGUAUCAAACGCACAACCGUCUGGAAGAGUGCACCCAUCUACUGAGAGCAUCCCAUCUUCCCAUGUGCCAUUGAUCGUUCCAUCUGCUGCUUCAACACAUCAACUGCCCCCUUCAGUAGCUUCAACAGCUUCACCAUUGCCCGUCCAUGGAACUAAUGCCCACACUAGCCGGCCAACAAAUCUUGUGACACCAGAUUUCUUUGCGCCUCCACCAUCCUCUUCAGCUCCACUGGCUCCGCCGGGUGCAUCUGUGGUUCCUACUGCGCCACCUCUUCAUCCCACUUCGGCGGCAUCUAUUCAACGUUCUCAGUAUGGCACCCCACUGCUCCAGCCCUUUCCACCGCCCACUCCACCUCCUUCCCUUAACCCCUCACACAGUGAUAGACUUACUGUUACAAGGGAUAGAGUCAAAGACGCUCUACAGAGACUUGUUCAGAGCGACGAGUUCGUUGAUCUGGUGUGCCGGGAAUUGCAGAGAUCACUUGUAUAGGCUGCUUGCUUAGUCUUGUCGGGAGUUUUCUGGCUCGUGGCAAGAAUGUGCCUGUAAUUUUCCUUUGACUUUUUUGCAUGCUUCCCUUCCCGUACUAUUGUAUAGGUUUGUGUUAGUGUAUUGGUGUAGAGUACUAUAGGAAUGGUUGGUAGUAUCUGUGGGGUCCCUUGGUUCCAAAUAUCCGUGUUGGCAGUGUGAGAAGCGGAAGUAAAACUAGCCUGUUCAAGAACGUUGGAAUUUGAUGUGCUUUGGCGUGGACAAAUUACAGCACUGAGAUUCUAGAAGUUUUUUUUUAAUUCUUAUUAACUUCGCUUUC